AUGGCAGACACAGCUAUCCGUGUCGCUUUCAUGCGCACACAAUUACCGUCCCUUGAGUCUGCCCUCAAUGCCUUUAAGUCUUCCUCAUCCGCCUUUCGGGUAGUACGCACCGUCAAUCCGCCUCAAUCUAAUGGAGCAUCGCGACCUCCCAAAACUCUCUACAUCCUCGACUCCUCAUUCAACCCACCCUCAAUCGCCCACCUCUCCCUAGCUACCUCCGCCCUCCGCAAUCCAAGCCCCAACGAUGCCCAGCCCUUCCGUUUCCUCCUCCUGCUGAGCACCAUGAACGCGGACAAGGCGCCCAGUCCCGCAAGCUUCGAGCACCGUCUGGCUCUGAUGACUCUCUUCGCCGAGGAUCUCACACAAGAGCUUUCGGGAGCCUCCUCCACAUCCUCAAACAAGUCCGCCCCUACACCGCCCGCUGUUAGUGUGCCUAUAGACAUUGGCCUAACAACAGCACCGUACUACUCCGAUAAGUCCGCGGCAAUUGAUUCCGCCGAAUCGAGUCCAUACCCCAAAGGCGUCAAGCACGUCCACCUGGUAGGCUAUGACACACUCAUCCGCUUUACCGCUCCGAAGUACUACAAGGAGUACACUCCUCCGCUCUCAGCACUCGCUCCGUUCUUCGAGGCGGGCCAUAAGCUGCGCGUUACGCAACGGCCCGCAAAUCCGAAGGACGAGUCUUCGAGCGAGUUCGGUACAGCAGAUGAGCAGAGGGGCUACCUGGACCGCUUGAGGAAAGGCGAGCUCGAGAGCGAAGGCUUCAAGCCGGAGUGGGCGGAGCGGCUGGACAUGGUGCCAGGAGAUGAAGGCGUGGGUGUCAGCAGCACGAGGGCGAGGAAGGCGGCUAAUAGAGGCGAUUGGGACGAGGUGGGCAAGUUACUGACGCCCAGCGUGGCUGGUUGGGUUAAGGAGCUGGGGUUGUAUAAGGAUGAUGCUAGGGGCGCGAAGAUGGCUUGA